GGGGGGGGUUUGCAGCCUUGGGCGUUGGUGGCGGGGGUCGUGGUCGUUUCCCCCGCCGCCCAGCCCCAUAGCAAUCCCUUAUGUGGGGCGGAGGCUGCGCCUGCCCUGAUCCUCCACGCCGGGGCUGCUGCAUCGGGUGAAGAAGAGGCCGAAGAUGGGGGAUUUCUACGACCCGGAACAUCCCACCCUGGACACAGCUUUCAUGUCGAAGGAUCCCAGUGGACAUCAUAAACCUAAUACGUCCAGCAUCCCUGAAAUGCAGUCACCUCUGAGGUGGAAAGGGACAGACAACUGGUGUAUCUUUCCACAGAAUAUGGAUGGGUCUGAAGAGGUAGAAAGAGAAGAAGAAAAUGAUGGCAAGACGGAAAAUGCGCAGAAACCUGGCUUUGUCAAAGGGACAGUGUUCAAAGGAGUCGCAUCGAGCCGCUUCUUGCCCAAAGGCACCCGGACAAAAGUUAACCUUGAGGAACAAGGCAGACAAAAGGUGUCCUUCAGCUUCAGCCUAACCAAGAAAACUUUGCAGAACAGAUUUCUGACCGGCCUUGGGAAUGACAAGCAAAACGAGGCUCCAAGCUCCCUGGGCACACCUCUUCAAACUGACCUUGCCUCUAAAUUUAAACUGGAUCUUGGGGAUUAUCCGGAUGUCGUGGAGGAAUUUUCACCCCCAAAGCCUAAGGUGGAAUUGGGCAAGAUUCACUUUAAGAAACACCUGCUGAAUGUUACAACAAAGCCGCCCCCUGCUGCUGCCAUGCCACUGCCACCAGCAACUGUCGGACCAGCAGAAUUUGUGGAAUUGCCACCAUCACCGCCGCCACCCCCUCCUCCUCCUCCCCCUCCCCCUCCUCCCCCUCCACAAACACUACCAGCGCCAAAACCAGUACUAACCCCAGAAAUUUUGCCACAACUUCCAGUAGCAGUACAGACAGCAGCCGCACCUCUGUUGCCAUCGCCUGUAGAAACUGUUGUCCGCAUAGCAAAGGAGCCCUCCAUGAAAGCAGCUCAGGAAACUUUAGAACUGAACAUUAAGCAAAAUGCUGUGUUGGAAGGCUCCGAAGAACAGCUAGCUCAGGUUAUUCCUGAAGAAGCAGAACCAGUCCCAGCGAAAGGAGAUUCCCAUAUUGGGAGGGAGGAGGACGUUUCAAGUGCUUCAAAGGGUGCUUCUCAAAGUUCUAAGAAACAAAGUUCCAAGAGGAAGUCGUCUGAUGGAGCAUUGCCAGGUUCCGAAUCUGAUGAAGAUUCCGUGAGGACCUCUUCAAGUCAGAGAUCUCACGAGAUUAAAAUAUCGACAAGCUCAGAGAAGGAAAAAGAUUCACGGAAGAGCUCUACUUCUGUCAGAACUGAAGAGCAGGUGAAAAGUUCGUCACGGUCUAGAUCUGAAAGGGAUGAAAAAUACUCUAGUUACUCCUCCAGAUCUGAGAGAGACUCGAGGUAUUCUUCCUCCCGUUCCAGAUCUGAAAGAGAGAGGAGGCGAAGCAGAUCCCGUUCUCGUUCUAGAUCGGAGAGAGGUUCCAGAACCAGUUCUUCCUAUGCCAGAUCUGACCGGUCACAUUACUAUGACUCUGACCGGAGGUACCACAGGAGCUCACCAUACAGAGAGAAGACACGGUAUUCUCGUUCGUACGUGGAUAGCAGGACAAGAGAAAGCUCUGAUUCAGAAGAAGAGUAUCGGAGGACAUACUCCAGGUCUACAGACUCCAGGCGUACAUCCUCCCAUUCCUCAUCUUACAGAGACUCUAGGACCUCUUUUUCUUAUUCAAAGUCAGAGCGGGAUAGCAAGUUGGAAUCCUCUCAUACUGACUCAGAGAGAAAAGGAAAGCCUACAAAAUCAGACAGGGACUCCAAAAGGACUUCAGAAAGUGACGUAUCAAAAAAGUGCUCUCCCGUCAAUGAGCUGCGUCAUCGGAGGGGAACAUCCCACUCUAAAGCAGAGAGCAGUGUAAGUUCUUCCCGACACAAGUCCUCCUCUUCAAAGACAUCUACUCCAAAGUCUGAGAAAUUUAAAAGUUCUUUCUGUUGUACAGAAUCUGAGGAAACCAGAGAGCAGUCUAAUUGUAUAGACUUGGAGGCGUCUUGUGUACAAAGCUGUGAAACGAAAACUGCUAUUGCACAGAAGCCAGAAACAGAAAGGACUGUUUCUCCGUUAAAUCAGUUGAAUGAUUCACCUAUUUUCAAAAAGUUAAAUGAAUCAAAAGAGAUGUCUCCUAUUUCUAAAUCAAAUGUACUUGCAGGAAUUGAUAGCCAUGACAGUAUUAAGGAAGAGGAGUCUGUAAUCAAGGUAAAACAUGAAUCGUUAAAAACUUGUUCUCCAGUAGAAUUGAAUAUAAAUGGAUCCCCAGAAGGAAGGCCCAGUGAUAGGGCAUCGUUCCGUGCCCCCAAAAUAGAAGAAAUUGUAACAUCUGAUGAUAGUUUAGACGGAACUGAGCCACCACUUCCAGUCAAUAGUCCAAAUUUGAGUAAGUUACCGUCUAAUGGGUUUCAGUGUGUGUAUCAGUCUAAAGGACACGAUCCGGAUGGUUCUCUUGUCCUCCUGAGUGACUCCAACAGUUUUCUUAAAGAAAAAAUGGAAGAGUCAAUUCCCUCUGAAUAUGAUUGUGUACCUUCUUGUAUUGUGAAUGUAAAUAAUUCUAAAAUACAUGCAGAUAAAGCGGAUGAUCUCACAGAUCCUUGUGAUAAAACCAAAGAUCCAGUCUCCUGCUAUCUUUCGGAUGAUGCAGCUCUUUCUUUGUAUUAUUCAGAAGUUGAAAUUGAAGCUGAGCCUUCCAAUGCAACAGUUACUCCAGAACCUUUUGUGGAUGUUCAGUCAUCUGAAAAGUUUACAUACGCUGAUGUCGAAGAUCAGAAUCCGUCAAAAAUUGCUCAUGAGGAUGAAAAAUGUGUUAGACGUUUCAGCUUGUCAGAGUGCAGCCCGGUCAGAGAUUCUUCUGCAGAAGAAUAUAUCGUGGAAGAGAAAUUUGACAAUCAGUGUAUUGCGCAGCAUCAACAGGCUUCCGAAAAUGUGUUGUCCCACCCAGAGACAACUCUGGGGGAGGAAAAGGAGGAAGAACUCUUGGAGUGUCCCGAAGUAGCACUUGAAUUGGAUGUUUCACAUGUUGAUUCCGUUGUAGAGAAAACAAAAUCGCCUUUUAAAAAUGAGCACUCUUAUUAUUUAGAGAUGCCAACAGAAGACUCUGAGAAAGAGGAGCCAGAUGACGAGGAAGACUCUGUGGUCCUUGAUGAAAGAACUGUAGAUGCUGACUUGAAGGCCCACGCUCCUGAAGUCUUGAUGGUAAAUGAAAAAAGCGAUGACUCCUUGGUAGGAUCUGCAUUUUCAGACGCUUUGUCCCCAUCUUGCGAUAUUGUUGUGACGGUAGAAGAAACAGAAACUGCUGCCGAAGUGCCCAGAUGUGACAGUAGAGGCAGUACCCCUGAGCUCACUUCCAUCCACCACGAAGAGUAUUCUGACACAGCUGAAAGUGUGAGUGAACAGGACAGUGAUGACAGUGACACAGAGGACUCUGAUUCAGAUGAUAGCAGUGUUCCAAGGAACCGCCUUCAGUCAGUUGUGGUCAUUCCAAAGAAUUCUACCAUAACCAUGGAGGAGAGCAGUUCUUGUUCCUCCCGGAACAGCCAAAGUAACAGACGCUAUGUGGAUCACUGGGAAGAUGGCAGGCCAGAGUCCAGCAGGCCAUUCUGUGAAGAAAUGCCGGAUGACGUGGGAUUUAAUAAUGGCCUGCAAAAUGAAAGCAAGUACCUGCCUUCUAGAGACGCAGAAGGGAGGCUAGCGAUAUCUACUGAGCUCAACAGAACAGAGAGUGAAGACCUCCGGCCUGGUAUCCCCCAUCCUCAGAGCGAUGGCGUUGACAGUACGAGUCAGUCAGAGCAGACAUCAGGUUUUAUUCACAGGCCAAACCCAGAUGAAAGAUCAAUAUUAACUGAAAGCAUGUCUGUGGCUCGAUCGAUUGACGUAUCGCAAGAAGGGGAGCUGCAUUACCUAUCCAAGAACUUUGAAAUGAUUGACAAUAUGUCCAGGCUGCAGACCAGUGUUUCCAAGCCUGACAGCAGGCAGGGGAAGUCUGGUUAUGGCGAGCCCAUGGAAACUGGAGAUUUCUCCAGAGAGGAUGGCUUCCAUUCGGCAGAAGACUUGAGUAGCUUGGGGUGGGAUUUCUCCCAACCAGAGAAACCAAGCAGUACGUACCAACAGCCUGAUAGCAGCUAUGGCAUCUUCCCAGGUUAUGUUUACCCCCCAGCUCCGGGAACAUUUGUUGGGCCUCAUAACUACUGGCAUGACAAUGGCUAUUGGGAUCCAAGGUUGACCAAUAGGCCCUCUGAGAUGAACUACGAGCAAAUGCAAGGGCAGGUUCCCGAUUCGCUUACAGAAGACCAUGAAGAGUAUGAAGAGGUUGACCGCUGGGUUGACGAAAGCCACGCCUUCUUCCCCAACCAGUCAGUGAAGUUCCAGUCACGUGACCCUAGAGAGAAGGGUUCGGUGCAGGCCCAUGAGAUAAGCAGCAACUCCACUAAAGAGCCAAUGGCCCCAAGUGUGAGGAAAGAGCAAGCGAAUAAGGUUUUGGAUAAGAAUGACAUGAAAGAGCGGGGACCGUUGAAGAAAAGGAGGACGGAUUUAGAGAGCGACUCGGAGAGCGAUGCCGACUUCCGGGAAAGGAAGAAGGUCAAGACAGAGGGAGAGCGGUUGCCAGCAAUACUUCAGGACUCUUCCAUGGCUCGUCCGCUAUGUUUCAUGGAAGACUUCAGGGACUCGCAGCGUUGGAAAGAGUUUGCCAAGCAAGGGAAAAUGCCCUGUUACUUCGACCUCAUUGAAGAAAAUGUGUAUUUGACGGAAAGGAAAAAGAAUAAAUCUCACCGUGACAUCAAGCGGAUGCUGUGUGAAUGUCCCACGCUUUCCAAAGAUGAGCGAGCUCAAGGAGAGGUGGCGUGUGGAGAAGACUGUCUUAAUCGUCUACUCAUGAUAGAAUGUUCCUCAAGGUGCCCCAAUGGGGACUACUGCUCCAACCGGCGGUUUCAGAGGAAGCAGCAUGCAGAUGUUGAAGUCAUUCUGACCGAGAAGAAAGGCUGGGGGUUGAGAGCAGCAAAAGACCUACCCUCCAACACUUUUGUACUGGAAUACUGUGGUGAAGUGCUCGAUCACAAAGAGUUCAAAACCCGAGUGAAGGAGUAUGCCCGAAGCAAGAAUAUCCAUUACUACUUCAUGGCAUUGAAAAACGAUGAGAUAAUAGAUGCCACCCAGAAAGGAAACUGCUCUCGUUUUAUGAACCACAGCUGCGAGCCAAACUGCGAGACACAGAAAUGGACAGUGAAUGGACAGCUGCGGGUUGGCUUCUUCACCACAAAACUUGUUCCGUCAGGCUCAGAGCUAACCUUUGACUACCAGUUCCAGAGAUAUGGCAAAGAGGCACAGAAGUGUUUCUGUGGCUCUGCCAACUGCCGGGGUUACCUUGGGGGAGAAAACCGGGUCAGCAUCAGAGCUGCAGGAGGCAAAAUGAAGAAGGAGCGGUCUCGUAAAAAGGAUUCGGUGGAUGGAGAAUUAGAGGCACUCCUGGAAAACGGAGAAGGACUUUCAGAUAAAAAUCAAGUUCUCAGCUUGUCUCGGCUGAUGGUGCGAAUUGAGACUCUGGAGCAAAAGCUCACCUGUCUCAAACUUAUACAGAAUACUCACUCCCAGGCCUGCCUGAAGACGUUCUUAGAAUGUCAUGGGUUGUCCCUUCUCUGGAUUUGGAUGGCAGAACUUGGUGAUGGCAGGGGAAACAUAGCCAACAACUUGAAACUCCAGAUAGAGAUUAUGAAGACUUUGGAGCUUUUGCCUAUUCCCAAUAAAAACAUGUUGGAGGAGAGCAAAGUGCUUCCCAUUAUCCAGCGCUGGGCGCAGACUAAAUCCGCUAUUCCACAUCUCAGCGAGGGAGAUGGUUAUUCGAGUGAGAACACAUCUCGGGCUCAUACUCCACUCAACACGCCCGAUCCUUCCGCUAAGCCCAGCGUGGAGGGGGACACGGACACGCCCAAGAAGCUUUCUUUCCGGAAGCUCAAGAUCAUAAGUGAGAACAGCAUGGACAGCGCCAUCUCCGAUACGACCAGCGAGAUUGAGCUGAAGGAGGGCAAGGAGGACCUUGAGCAUCCAGACAGUGUCCCAACAGAGACGGCAGAGGAGCAGCCACCCCAGCAGGAAGCUGGCAAGGAUGCUGCCGCCGAGGUCCCAGCAGACACCAGCAAAUCUCAAGCUGCCGAGCAGGAUGUGGAGCCCGAGACAGAGAUGAAGGAGACCUCCGCUGCAAAGCUGGAGGAAUCUUUGGCUGCAGAAACACCCUCUCAAGAUGAAGAGGAAGGCGUGUCAGAUGUGGAGAGCGAGAGGAGUCAAGAACAGACCGAUAAGAUAAUAGAUGCAAGUGAUUUGGCGACCAAGCUUCUAGAUUGCUGGAAAGACCUAAAAGAGGUGUACAGGAUCCCGAAGAAGAGCCAAGCGGAAAAGGAGACCACUGCAGAUCGUGGGAGAGAGUCAGCAGGCCGAGACCCAGCCGCUACCCCAAAAAACCUGAGCAGAGAACGGGACCCCGAAAGGCAAAGUCAGAGCAAGGAAAAGAAAAAACGCAGAGAUUCUUUGUCACCCCCGUCGGCGUAUGAACGAGGCACCAAACGACCAGAUGACAGAUACGACACACCAGCCACCACCUCCAAGAAGAAAGUCCGGAUCAAGGACCGCAACAAGCUGUCCACGGAGGAACGCCGGAAGCUCUUUGAGCAGGAGGUUGCGCAGCGCGAGGCCCAGAAGCAGCAGCAGCAGCAGUUGCAAACCCUUGGGAUGGCCUCCCCUCUUCCCUACGACUCCCUGGGCUACAGCGUCGCGCACCAGACCUUCAUGGGCUACCCGCCCGGCUACCCCAUGCAGGCCUACGUGGACCCCAGCAACCCCAAUGCCGGAAAGGUGCUUCUCCCCACCCCAAGCAUGGACCCCAUGUGCUCUCCGGCCGCUUACGAGCACCCUCAGACUUUGGUCGGGCACACGAUCGAGCCGGCCCUGGCCGCCCCUCAGCCGGUGCCCGUCGUCCAGCACGUAGCAGCAGGCACCCUGGAGGUGUCCGCCCCGCAGUACGUAACGCAGGGCGACCCGGUGGUCCACCAGGAGCAGAGCGUCGCGGUCUUGCCGGUGCCGGCCCCGGUGCAAGGACAGAGCUAUGGAGUCUGGGAUUCCAGCCAGCAGACGGUAGCAGUGCAGCCGCCCUAUUCUCCAGCCCAGUCCCAGCCGGCCAUCUACUACCAAGGGCAGGCCUGCCAGGCUGUUUACGGAGUCGCGUCGCCCUACUCGCAGACCACGCCACCCAUCGUGCAGAGCUACGCACAACCAGGUCUCCAGUAUAUCCAGGGGCAGCAGAUUUACACUGCUCAUCCCCAGGGCGUUGUGGUGCAGCCUUCGACGGCAGUGACAACUAUUGUAGCCACAGGACAGCCCCCGCCUAUACAGCAGCCGGAGCUGGUGGUCACCAACAACCUCUUGGACCUGCCCCCACCAUCUCCCCCCAAACCCAAAACCAUUGUCCUCCCUCCGAACUGGAAAACUGCCCGAGAUCCUGAGGGGAAGAUCUACUACUAUCACGUGGCCACCAGGCAAACCCAGUGGGACCCUCCAAACUGGGACAGCCCAGAAGAUGAUGCCAGUCUUGAGCACGAAGCUGAAAUGGAUCUUGGAACCCCAACUUACGACGAAAACCCCAUGAAGUCUUCCAAAAAACCCAAAACGGCAGAAGCAGACACUUCCAGCGAGCUGGCAAAGAAGAGCAAGGAAGUCUUUCGAAAGGAGAUGUCCCAGUUCAUCGUGCAAUGCCUGAACCCCUACCGCAAGCCAGACUGCAAAGUUGGGCGGAUAACCACAACCGAAGAUUUCAAGCACCUUGCACGGAAGCUGACCCACGGAGUCAUGAACAAGGAGCUGAAGUACUGCAAAAACCCUGAGGACCUGGAGUGCAACGAGAACGUGAAACACAAGACGAAGGAGUACAUCAAGAAGUAUAUGCAGAAAUUUGGGUCCGUUUACAAGCCCAAAGAGGACACGGACUUGGAGUAGCAAUCGCGGCGGGAAAGGCACCCUCUCUUCCGCUCUAGGAGCUCCCCUAACAAGGACACUUCUUAUUUUCCUUUUGUUUUCCACAGGAUUUCCGGCUCUUUCUCACUCUCUCUCGAUCUUUCCAAGUCGGGUUUGAGGAGGCCAGGCAGAAACUGCAGUGUGUGUGUGUAGGGGGGGGGGGGAGAAACUAACUCGCACAAACACACCCACCCCAUGGUACAGUUGUGACUCACCCCAUCGUUCGUUCCCUCUCUGCAAGAAAAGCUGGAACUUCCGGUCCGUUUGGUGCUGUUUUAGCGCAACAAACUCGAAAGCGCGUCUCGUCUCUCCCCCGCGAGAUCUGUAUCAUAUUUUAACGUAUAUGUGAAUAUAUUGAGUUCUCCCGCCCCCCUUUAGCCCGAAACGUGUUGAUAUCAUGGGAACACUUUGUAAGAAUAGUUUUGAGAAAGGGGUGGGGUGGGUUUUUUUUUGUUUUGUUUGUUUCCGUUUCCCUUUCUUUUUUUCGUUCUCUGCAAGGUUACUCUGUUAUCAUGUAAAUAUUUGCGAACAGGCUGCCUCAGGGUUUCUGGCAAGCCGCGUGCUAUGUUGAUAAGAUUGAUUUUACUGCUUAAAUCAUUUUACUUUAUCCAAUUUUUACUGAAGUUUUUAUGUAAAAGAAAAAAAUUAAAAAAUUAAAUAAAACGGCAAUGAAAGAACAA